AUGGUGAGACUGACUUGGACCCAAGCGGUCGCUCUGACCUUCCUCACCCUGUUGCUUGCUAAGAUAAGCUCCGUGCUGAACCUGGAGGAGGCGUUCUUCAAUGGUAACCUCAGCUUUGGAAUCAACUUGUCUAAUUUGUUUACCGAUAAUCAUGUGAAGGUAAGCGAGUUGAAGAUAAAUUGUGCAUACUUGUUUGAUCCAUCCCCUCGAAUCGAUUUGGACUUGGCGUUAUCUGCUCUAAAAGGGGUACAGGCUAUUGGCGAAAGGGGAAGCAGUGGUGGAAGUGAAUGGGAGGACAAGACUUCCACAACAGGGGGCGCUUCUCCCAAUGGAGGGGGAACAAACUCAUGGAGCCGAAUAACCAGAGAAGACUUUUUUAAAAAGGAAGAGCACACGGAAGACCUCAUGAAAGGUAUGCCCAUGCCUUACCACAUAAACAACAUUUCAGAUGUGGUUCGAGAGAUCAAUUUUUAUUUCAACCAAGGGAGUAAAACAGACAGAGAAGACCUAAUCUACAAAGGAACAUACACACCGGAGAUUUAUACAGAUGUGUAUAUAAUCAUCGCAAUCACAUUUAUGUAUUGUUUUUGUAUUAAAAUAAUUUGUGCGGGAUAUAUGAGGGGGAAGAAUGUUGCGAAGAAAUACAUAGCAAAAGUAUCGACCUUGUUUUUCUUUUUUUUAAUAUUUAAAAAUUUGUUGAAUUAUUUACCAGCCAUGUUAUCCUCAACCGUUUGUCUCAUCAUGACAUUUUAUUUCUACUCCGUAUCCAUGGACCCUUGUGAACAAAUACAUUUUUUAAAAAAAUCGAGCAUUAAAAAAGAACCCAUAGGAUGGGUGCUAAUCGUAUUUGCAGAAUCUAUAAUCAUUGGAAAUAUUUUAUACCAUGCUGUAUGUACCCCUCGCGUGUUAACCAUUUUGUCCACCUAUGUACCAAGUGAAGUGUUGCUAAGGAUUAUUUGCCUCCUUUUUCUUUUACUAAUUGGGUACAUGAUAUUUUUACUAAUGAUAAGUAACCUUGUAUCAGCAAAGAAGGCACAGAAUUUUGUAUUUUCCUUCACAUCAUCCUAUUUAAUUGUAUCCUGCUGUACAUAUUUUUACAAUGUGUUUUCUCUGAGGGUGUGGACGAGUACCAGAAUAUUUCAGAUCGAACCCAUGAUGUUUUUUUCAUACUCUCCUAAAUUUGUUUUUAAUGCUCAAAAUGGAAUUGCGUUGGCUUUUACGUUUGUGAUCACGGCCUUGUCUAUGUCGAUGCCAAAGGUGAUGAAAAUUGCCAGAGGGUUAUUUGCCCAGGGGGGGAAACGGAAAAAAGGGGACUCCUCCUCAGGGGCGCCCAGCGCGUACGACAUUAUUCUGAACUGCUUUGCUUGA